GCGAAGAGCUUCAGAAAGAGGAUAAGGGUACCUGCAUGCAUAGAACCAUGGAUGUCUUGCUUCUCCGGUGACUGGUCUCAGCCACCCGACUGAUGGUUAUGAAGCAGCUCUAGUCAGGGAAGCUCGUGCACUGCCAUUUCACAUCUUGCGGGGAUAACGAGUGCAAGUGAGGAUUGUAGUAGUAGCACCACCAGCAGCAGCAGCAGCCAUGGCCACCUCUCAAGCAGUCCUUGCUCAGGCUCUCCCGGCUGCCUCUCCUGUGGCCUCAAGCUCUGGCAUCGCCCAGAGGAAGCCCGCAUCCGCUAACUUGGCAGGUUUGCCCGGCACCGCAUUCAAGGGCUCCGUCGCUGGUUUGCGAUGGGACAGCAAUGGAUCCGUUCAAGUCUCCAAGUCUUCACUGGACGUCGGCGUCUUCAAGGAAGGACGCACCUCUUCGCGCCGGGCUGUCGUGCGCGCCUCAGCAGACUCAGGCUCUGAGUCCAAGAACAUUCUGAUGAUGGGCGGCACUCGAUUCAUCGGACUCUUCCUUGCCCGCGAGCUUGUGAAGGCAGGCCACCAGGUUACAUUGUUCACAAGAGGAAAAGCUCCCAUCACCCAGCAACUGCCAGGAGAAUCUGAUGAGGAGUACGCCGAGUACUCGUCCAAGGUGAAGCACCUUCAAGGCGAUCGUCAAGAUUUUGACGGCCUGAAGGAGAAGCUUAAAGGCACCAACUUCAACAUUGUCUACGACAUCAACGGUAGGGAGGGUAAGGAAGUGGAGCCCAUCUUGGAGGCUCUACCAGGACUGGAGCAGUACAUUUUCUGCUCAUCGGCCGGUGUUUACCUGAAAUCCGACCAACUUCCUCACUUCGAGGUUGACGCAGUCGACCCCAAGAGCCGACACAAAGGGAAGUUGGACACGGAAACGCUGCUGCAGAGCAAGGGAGUUGCGUGGACUUCCAUCAGACCUGUGUACAUUUACGGGCCUCUCAACUACAACCCUGUGGAGGAGUGGUUCUUUCAGCGCCUCAAGGAGGGACGCCCCAUUCCGGUCCCCAACUCCGGAAUGCAGAUCACGCAGCUCGGCCACGUCAAGGACCUGGCCAGAGCGUUCGUGUUAGUGCUGGCGAAUGAGAAGGCUUACGGCCAGAUUUACAACAUCAGCGGUGCCAAGUAUGUGACCUUCGAUGGUAUCGCCAAGGCAUGUGCUCUUGCUGGUGGGUUCCCCGAGCCUCAAAUCGUACACUACAACCCCAAGGACUUCGACUUCGGCAAGAAGAAGGCUUUCCCACUUCGUGACCAGCAUUUCUUUACCUCCGUCGAGAAGGCCGAGAAGGAGCUAGGCUUCACACCCGAAUUCGGAUUGGUCGAGGGACUUAAGGAUUCCUACAGCCUGGACUUUGGGCGUGGAACAUUCCGCAAAGCCGCCGACUUCUCUACUGAUGAUAUGAUCCUGGAGAAACUUGGCAUCAAGACCACCGUAGCUGCCUAGAUUUCUCGUUUCCAGUGAUCAAAGUUGUAGGGAGGGAAUUGUGCAGCAGACGACGAACUGAAAAACAAAAGCACAAUUUAUUCAUCUAAUGAGAGCGACACAAAAUGUUUCAGAUACUUAGCAAACAUUUUUGAGGUGGAUGUUCUCAACUUUGUAACCAGUGUUUUGAAUGUACAAAGAGCACACAGCUCGGCGUUAGCCAUAUCAA